AUGGACUUUCUUCCUGAAGAGAAUACAAAGAUAGAAAAAGUUCCCCAAUGCAAUGGCACUGAGGCAACUCAGUUCAAUCUGCUGGGACUGACCAGCCGACGAGAGCUGCAGUCCAUCCAUUUUGUGGCGUUUCUCCUGAUUUACCACAUCACCAUGACAGGGAACUUUGGGUUGAUUUUAUUAAUCAGAAUUAAUCCUGGGCUGCAAACCCCUAGCUACUUUUUCCUCACCCAUUUAGUAUGCAUGGAUAUUUUUUAUUCCACUAAUGUCUCUCCUCAGAUGCUUGUCAAUUUCCUAUCUGAGAAGAAAAUCAUUUCCUAUGUGGGGUGUCUGAUCCAAAGUUUUGUUUUUGUGACUCUGCUCCUUACUGAAUAUUACAUGCUCAGUGCCAUGACCUAUGACAGGUACAUGGCAAUCUGCAGUCCCCUGUAUUACAGCAGCAGAAUGUCCAGGCCACUUUUCAUCUGCCUGGUCACUUUCCCCUCCCUCUGGAGUUCUAUGGUGGGCACAAUGCAGGUAAUAUUGAAUUCUCACUUGUCCUUUUGUGGACUCAACACUAUCAACCAUUUCUACUGUUCUGACCCUCUCCUCUUAAUGUUGACAUGUUCUGACACUUACAUAAAGCAAACGGCCCUAUUUGUGUCUGCAGGGAUUAACCUCACAGGUUCCCUACUCAUCAUCGUCGUCUCUGUUUUCAUUUUCAUCACUAUUUUGACAAUCCAUUCCAGUGAAGGGCAGCGCAAAGCCUUCUCCACCUGUGGCUUCCACCCGACGGCUGUCACUAUGUUCUAUGGGGCCCUAUUCUGCAUGUAUCUGAGACCAGCAAAUCAGCAGUCUGUUGAACAAGGGAAAAUUGUGGCCAUGUUUUGCAUUUUUCUGAGUCCCAUGCUGAAUCCAUUUAUCUACAGCCUGAGGAACAAGGAUGUGAAACAGGCUUUGAGAAGAGUGUUUAUGAGAAACCUUGGUAUAAUGGAGAAAAGUUCCAUUUGGCACUCUCCCAAAGAAUACUAA